AUGGCUGUUGCAGUCUGGAUCGUUUUCACCUGUGCAGUGGCUUUCAGUAACAUUACUCCAUCCUCGCAAGCUCUGAGCCGGUCAAUGAUGCCCUUCGGCUUGAUGCGUCGAGAGCUGGCGUGCGAAGGCUACCCGAUCGAGCUGCGCUGCCCUGGAAGUGAUGUCAUCAUGAUUGAGACGGCCAACUACGGCCGCACUGAUGACAAGAUCUGCGAUGCGGACCCCUUCCAGAUGGAGAAUGUGCAGUGCUACCUGCCUGACGCCUUCAAGAUAAUGUCACAGAGGUGUAAUAACCGCACCCAGUGUGUGGUGGUAGCAGGGUCGGAUGUGUUCCCAGACCCCUGCCCGGGGACUUAUAAGUACCUGGAGAUCCAGUACGAGUGUGUUCCCUACAAAGUGGAUCAAAAAGUCUUUGUAUGUCCGGGGACGCUGCUGCGGGUGCAGGCGGCCAGCUCUCUGCAGGAGGCAGAGCACCAGGCAGGGGCAUGGUGUAAGGACCCGCUGCAGUCUGGGGACCGUCUGUACGUUAUGCCCUGGACCCCCUAUCGCACCGACAUGCUGUAUGAGUAUGCCUCCUGGGAAGACUUCAAACAGAACCGAGCCACCACCACCUACAAGUUGCCCAACAGAGUUGAUGGCACAGGCUUUGUGGUGUAUGACGGUGCAGUAUUUUACAACAAAGAGCGCACACGAAACAUAGUCAAAUAUGACCUAAGGACACGCAUCAAAAGCGGUGAGGCCAUUAUCACAAAUGCCAACUACCAUGACACGUCACCGUACCGCUGGGGAGGGAAGUCGGACAUUGACCUGGCUGUGGAUGAGAACGGCCUCUGGGUGAUCUAUGCCACGGAGUCCAACAACGGACGACUGGUGGUCAGUCAGGUGAACCCUUACACCCUGCGCUUUGAAGGCACCUGGGAGACCAGCUUCGACAAGAGGAUGGCAUCCAACGCCUUCAUGGCGUGUGGUGUGCUUUAUGCAGUGCGCUCCGUCUACCAGGACGAUGACAGCGAAGCAGGUGGUGAUUUGGUGAUGUAUGCCUACAAUACCAACCAUGCCCGUGAGGAACCUGUCAACAUCCCUUUCCCAAACCCCUAUCAGUACAUUUCCUCUGUGGACUACAAUCCUCGAGACAACCAGCUUUAUGUCUGGAACAACUACAACGUGUUGCGCUACCCUCUGGAGUUUGGACCACCAGACCCAACCACAGGUCCUCUGACCACUACUCAAGUGACCACCACUCUUCCAGCCAGGCCGUUCACCUCCAGUACCAGCCCCUCUACCACCCGCCCUCUGGCCCCCACAUCACGCCCAAUUGGCUCCAUCAACAAGCACCCUGAUCUCCGACCAAUUACUGCCACUGUGCCUGUCACCCGUCGGCCACCCCGUCCUCCACAAGGCCCAGAGCCCCAUGUCUGUGAGACCAAGCUGGUCCGUGGUGUCCAGUGGCCCACCACACAGAGAGGAGAAACAGUAGACCGCCCGUGUCCCAAAGGAUCUCUAGGCAUUGCUUCGUUCCAGUGCUUGGCGGAGCAGGUCAUGUGGAACCCGCGGGGUCCUGACCUGAGUAACUGCACCUCCCCGUGGGUCAACCAGGUGGCCCAGAAGAUAAAGAGUGGUGAGAAUGCUGCCAACAUAGCUGGUGAGCUGGUGAACCACACGCGGGGUCGGAUCCAGGCGGGAGAUGUCAGCUCCUCCGUGCGACUGAUAGAGCAACUGCUGGACAUACUGGAUGCCCAACUUCAGGCCCUGAGGCCCGGAAACAAGGAGUCAGCUGCACGGAACUACAACAAGCUCCAGAAGCGAGAGCGGACCUGUCGGGCCUACAUCCAGGCGGUGGUGCAGACAGUGGAUAACUUGCUGCGUCCCGAGGCUCUGGAGUCGUGGCAGGACAUGAACAGCACAGAGCAGGCUCACACUGCCACCAUGCUACUGGACGUACUGGAGAAAGGAGCUUUCCUUCUGGCCAACAACAUGUACGGGAAUCGCUUUUCUGACCGAGCGCCCAGCAUUGAUCUCGAGGUGCAUGUUCUAAACACAGAGAUGGACCUGCAGGACUUGUCUUUCCCGCAGAACUACGCCAGUGACAGCACUAUUCAGCUUUCAGCCUCCACUAUCAAACAGUACAGUCGCAAUGGACAAGUCAAGGUGGUGUUCAUUCUGUAUAAAAACUUGGGAUCCUUCCUGUCGACUGAGAACGCCACCGUGAAAAUGGAGGUGGAGGCCGGGUCAAGCCACGAUCGGAAACGCCUGGCGGUCAAUUCACAUGUAAUCGCUGCCUCCAUCAAUAAAGAGUCCAGCAGAGUGUUUCUCACUGAGCCGGUGGUCUUCACACUCAAACAUCUAAAGCUGGAGAAUUAUUACACUCCAAAUUGCUCCUUCUGGAAUUACUCUGAGCGCUCCAUGACAGGCCAGUGGUCCUCGCAGGGCUGCAGGCUGCUGGACACCAACAACACGCACACCACCUGCUCCUGCAGCCACCUCACCAACUUCGCCGUGCUCAUGGCUCACCACGAGCCCGAUUACCCGGGGAGAAUGCAUGAACUCAUCCUAUUUGUGAUCACCUGGGUGGGGAUAGUCAUCUCUCUAGUGUGUCUAGCCAUCUGCAUCUCCACUUUCUGCUUCCUGCGAGGCCUGCAGACCGACCGCAACACCAUCCACAAGAACCUCUGCAUCAACCUCUUCAUCGCAGAGCUGCUCUUCCUCAUCGGCAUCGACAAGACAGAUUACCAUAUUGCCUGUCCCAUCUUUGCUGGCCUUCUGCAUUUCUUCUUCUUGGCUGCCUUCUCCUGGAUGUGUCUGGAGGGUGUGCAACUCUAUCUCAUGCUGGUGGAGGUCUUUGAGAGCGAGUACUCGCGCAAAAAGUACUACUAUCUGUGCGGCUACUGCUUCCCCGCGCUGGUGGUGGGCAUCUCCGCGGCCAUAGACUACAGGAGCUAUGGGACCAAGAAAGCAUGCUGGCUGCGAGUGGAUAACUACUUCAUCUGGAGCUUCAUUGGACCCGUUUCAUUUGUUAUUAUGCUCAACCUCAUUUUCCUCAUGAUCACUUUACACAAAAUGAUCCGCAACUCCUCAGCACUCAAACCUGACUCCAGCCGCCUGGAUAACAUUAAGUCAUGGGCUCUGGGGGCCAUUGCCUUGCUCUUCCUGCUGGGGCUGACGUGGGCCUUUGGCCUCCUCUUUAUCAAUGAAAACACAGUGAUCAUGGCUUACCUUUUCACCACCUUCAACGCCUUCCAGGGCAUGUUUAUCUUCAUCUUCCACUGUGCCCUGCAGAAGAAGGUCCAUAAGGAGUACAGUAAGUGUCUGCGUCACUCCUACUGCUGCAGCCGCACCUCCACCACCAGCUCCCACGGCUCCCUGAAGAACUCAGGCCUGCGUGCCAACAACCGUUACUACAGCGGCAGCCAAGCUCGCCACGCAGCAGCCCACAGACAGAGUCGAAUCCGCAGGAUGUGGAACGACACGGUUCGGAAGCAGACGGAAUCUUCUUUCAUGGCGGGAGAUAUCAACAGCACCCCGACACUCAACCGCGCAACCAUGGGCAACCAUCUCCUCACGAACCCGGUGUUACAGACUCGCACUGGUACCUCUCCUUACAACACUCUGCUGGCCGAGAGCUUCACCCCACCUUCACCUGGUGUCUUCAACUCUACUGGAACCUUUCGUGACCCAAAGAGCACUUUAUCUAAGGCCCGUGACCCCUGUGGAAUGGAAACCCUGCCGCUGAAUGGUAACUUCAAUAACAGCUACUCCUUACGCAGUGGCCCAGGGGGUGUAGGCGGCGGCAGCUGUGAUUUCCUAGGUGGUGGGGGUGAAGACAGUCCCCCGCCCCUCCUUAAUCCCCGCAGCUCAGAAGCCCUGGGAGGUGGAGGCAUUCGACGAAACCUCUCUGAUGCCGCAGCCUUUGAGAAGAUGAUCAUCUCUGAGCUUGUGCACAACAACCUGAGAGGUGGUGUUGGAGGAGGUGAUGUAGGGGACAGAGUGUGUGGCAGCCUGGCCAGGGGACGUCCUCACGUUGGGGUUGGAGGGGGCACAACGGGGGUCGGGCCAGAGCCGUCGAUAAGCAUAGAUGAAGAUGAGGACUUUCUGAGAGAGGGGCGGCAGCGCACCCCGCAGGAUGUGGAGCUGCUAUAUAAAGCUUUGGAGGAGCCACUGCUAUUACAACGUGCCCAGUCAGUCCUCUACCAGAGCGAUCCAGAGGAGUCAGAGAGCUAUACGGCCGACCUCACCGAGAGUCUGGGCCACAGUGGCCACAGUGGCCAGAGUGCUGGCGGGCAGGGAGGCAAUAGAGCUCCUGACUCCCCGGCCCGUGACUCCCUGUACACCAGCAUCACCAACCUGCGAGACUCACCAUACCCCGACAGCAGUCCUGAGCCCCUGGAGGUGGUGCCUCGCUCGGCCCAGCCCCCUGAGGAGCUGUACUACAGCUCCGGCAGGCCUGCCCUGGGCUCUCGUGGGGCCCCCAUGCAGACCUUCUACCAGGCCCCACCCCGGAGACCGAGUGGGGAGGGACACCAGGCUCAGGAGCCUGCCCACAGCGAGGGAGACGGACAGAUGCAGCUGGUCACCAGCCUGUGA